CCCUCAUAUAGCGCGCAUGCGUCGCGCGGAGGCUGGUGGGUGUGAGUGAGGAAGUAAAAUGGCGGACCUGGCAAACGAAGAAAAACCUGCUAUAGCUCCACCUGUGUUUGUAUUCCAAAAAGAAAAGGCACAGAAGAGAUCAGCCGAAGCUUCCAGCCCAGAAGAUGGUGAAGAUUCUGACAAAGAAAGCAAUUACUGUCCACCUGUGAAGCGUGAAAGAACAUCUUCCUUAACUCAGUUUCCUCCUUCCAAUUCUGUUUCAAAGAACAAUGUCUUCAUGCCUUCAAAUUUCUGCCAGUCUCCCACUGGAAAUUCUGAUUCUGAGCCUGAAGAGAAGACCAUUGGGUUUCGGUUGAAGCCUCCAACGUUAAUUCAUGGCCAGGCACCAAGUGCUGGCUUGCCAAGUCAAAAGCCAAAGGAACAGCAGCGCAGUGUGCUUCGUCCUGCAGUACUGCAAGCCCCACAGCCCCGACUUUUUUCUCCCCCAAAUUCCACCAGUGGAACCAAUGGUGUGAACAAGAUCUCAAGCUCAGAAAGCAACUGUGAGUCCCAAAAUAACACGGAGGUUUCUGACAGCACUACAUCUGAGGAAAAGGAGAAUGAAAACAAAGAUGGGCUUGAUGACACAGAAGAGAAAGAAGAGAAUAAAGAAGUACAGACUGAAUCAGCUUUUGUAUUUGGACAGAAUCUGAAAGAGAGAGUAAAGGUGGAAGAAAGUGAUCCUUCAUGUACAAAGGGAAGCAGUUCUCCUGUUCCAGAAACACAGUCUGGCUCUACAAAUUAUUUCCUUCAGUACAUUAGUACUCCAAGCACGCAGAAUGCAGCAAACAAUAUAGAGGCAACAGGGUCAAAGUUUGUUUUUGGACAGAAUAUGUACAUGAGAGUUUUGAGUCCUCCAAAGUGUAGUGACUCAACAACCGAGCCCAACAAGGAGUGUGCGGCAGGAUCAAGUUCUGAGCUGUCUUCACAGGAAGCAACCCCGGAGAAAGUUAACAAUGUGACAGAAUCAUUGGAAGAGUCAGCAGCAGCGUACACAAAAGCAACUGCAAAAAAAUGUUUGUUAGAAAAAGUUGAGGUUAUAACUGGAGAGGAAGCGGAAAGCAAUGUCCUGCAGAUACAAUGUAAGCUUUUUGUUUUUGACAAGACUACCCAGUCCUGGGUGGAAAGGGGGAGAGGCCUGUUAAGAUUAAAUGACAUGGCAUCAACGGAUAAUGGAUCUUUACAGUCCAGAUUAGUGAUGCGGACUCAAGGCAGCCUGAGACUGAUCUUAAACACUAAGCUUUGGGCUCAGAUGCAGAUUGACAAAGCCAGUGAAAAAAGCAUUCGAAUCACAGCCAUGGAUACAGAGGACCAGGGAGUCAAAGUCUUUCUGAUAUCGGCCAGCUCAAAGGACACAGGUCAGCUGUAUGCCGCUCUGCAUCACCGGAUUCUUGCACUUAGGAGUCGAGCAGAACAGGAACAGGAAACCAAGAGUGUUGCAGCUGAGCCCGAGGUGACCCAGUCCAAUGAAGAGGAUAGUGAUGAGGAUGAUGUCCUCACUCCUGGUGGCUCUACAGUGGCCAGCGGAUCAACAGAUGUUGGUGAUGCCCCAGCUACAGGGAGCACAUAGCGUCUUUCUGAUUAUUCUGUCUGUGAGCGUGCAGCUUGCAGCCGCAUUCUUGCAGGCUCCUCUGUGGACACCCCAGACCAGCAUUUUUUAUUUUUAUUUUUUCCCUCGAGUAAUUAGAAGAUCUAGCUCCAGGAUGGACCCUGCACAUCUGUUAAUCAAAAUCUGUGCAACUCGGAUCUCUGCAGUAAAGGAUCCAGAGUACUUUUUUAUUUUUGUUUUUUGACAGCAAAACUGCAAAAAAAGAAACUUUUAACAGCUUUUGGUUUGGGACAUGAAAGCUCAUCAUAUUGAUGAGUUGAGAAGGAAGCGUGUGAGAGAGACAACUAUUUUCUCCGGUCCUUUUUAGAUGUGGCACAUUAAAGACUACAGUUUUACACCAGGACAUCAUCUGUCAGCUCAUAGCCUACAGAAUGGGAUUUAGAUGUCCAGCAGGGCUUUCAAAGUUUGUUUAGAUGUCUUGUCCUCCUGAUAAGUCACCUGUAUCCUCAACUGAAUGGUCCUACACCACUUUACCUUUUUCAUCUUCUUGUUAGAUUUUGUUUUCUGUUCCUAUCUCCUUUCCUCCUCAACACAUGUACAUGUCUGUAUGUGCUGUAUUUCACCCGUUCCACCCGACAGAGGUAGCAGUGGUAUGUGGAAUACAAGCGUUCAUGACUUGGCACAUCAGCUUAAGUAGAGCAAUUAAGAAAUAAAUUACAGUCUUUGUGUGUGUUUAUGUUAGCUGUACCACAUCAUUACCUUUGUAAUAGUGGAAUUGAUUUACUAUUUCAAAGCGCAGAAAUCUGCCUUUUAUAUCAAAUCUUAUUUUCAGUGUUUUCCGGGUCUAAAGAAAUUUGUACAUUUUUUUCCUUUGCUCACCCUUACCAGAUUUUUAUCUCAAAAGCUAGGUCACCAUGCAGCAGCAGUGCUUUUUGAUUAAAGUAGUGUAAAAUAUUCUAUCAUUUUAACUGCAUACCAGAGUACAAAAAAUAUUCAACUAAGAGAGGAGUGAAAGAAGUCAACAAAAACACAUAUGCACACAAACUGAACGAUUAUUUGGGCUUACAUUUCUACUGAUGAUCUUACAGUGUUUUCUUGGAGUUGAUGCCCCAAGUGUUGUCCAUUUAAUUUCACUGUAAUUAACUGUAUUUUCUCAUUGAUUUCUGUAAUAGCAAAGGAAGACCUUUCUUUAACACUGGCUCAUUUAAGAGAAUUCAGUUGAAGUUGGCUGCCUUGAAUAGCUUGGUUUUUUUGUGUGUGUUCUUUUUUGUUUACUCUACAGAACUAGUGAAAUUAGAUCCCUUUAUAAAGUUAAAUGCUUCUGCUUUACAAAACACAUUUUGGAUUUUUUUUUAAUUUAAAAAUGUAGUAGUCUGAAACUAUGAUGUAUUUUUCAGUAAUGGAAAGGUUUUCACUUUUUACAAUGUUGAAGAUAUUUGUUUUAGUUUAUUUUUUUAUUGUGUUACAAUUAAUUGCAGUUAAUUGCAGUUCAAUGUUUAGGUGAAUAGUCGGAUCACAUGGGG